GUAACUAACUCUAACCUUCUAAAAAACUCUUCCUAGACCAAUCUUCAUCAUUCAAUUAUAAAACGAUCUCCAUCAUACAUUCGUUAAUACAAAUCUCGUGGAUGCAUAGUGUAAAUAUAUUGUUGUAUAAAAGUAAAUAGCGAUUCUUGGCGAGAACCAAUGGUUAGGGCUCCAGGUUUUUUGGAUAAUACAGUUCUAUAUAAAGUAGUGGCUAGUUUUGUUUUUGGUUUUUGCUUUAAUGGUCUGCAAGUAGAUUGAAGUAUAUAUUUAGAUACCAGGCGAAUUAGCCAUAGUGAAGUGAUCAAAAUUCACGAAAGUUAUUGUACGAGACAAAUAUCCGUUGAGUUGAGAUGCUAAAAAGAAGGUUUGAGUAAAUCUUCUUCGCGCUUUGUUAUCUCCACAGUUAAAACCCCGUCACUAGAACAAUCAGCAGUUGCUAUAUUUACAUCACAAUUCUGACAGCCUGAGGAGUGAGGACAGUAGCAUGUUCUUGAUGGCCUCCAGUUAAAGCUCCGUCACUAAAACAAUUACUCCACCCUGGAAUGAAGACUCCUGCUAAAUUUAUGAAUCAAUAACUCCAGAUUACUUUGUAAGAAAUUAUAAUAUUCUGGCCAAAAAAAAAAAAAAUAUUGCCCACAUCCGUCGCGGUUGCAAUUGGUGGAUCUUCUGGUUGAUUUGAAAUCUCAGACGGCAGCAGGUCGGAGGAAGAGGGCCAAGAAGCGCCCUGCGGUGGCAUCAACUCCGGAGACAAGGAGAGAGAGAGAAAGAGAAACUCUAAACCGUGUUCUCUAUAGGUACGUACGUCAGAAUACAGCCGUGAGCAUUUUAGGGUUUGAUCGUGGAUAUGGGUAUUUUUGUUUCCCUUAUGCAUAAAGGACUUACCUUUUAUGUUUUUCAAGGAGGUUGUGGACACAGUUCACAAGGCGGCUAUAAAACAAGUUAACUUUAAAACCAACCCUGAGAAAGCGAGAGCCGAAGUGAACUCAUGGGCUGAAAAGGCGACGAAGGGCCUUAUCACUGAGGUUCUUGCUCCUGGGACAGUCAAAACCAAUACCAGGCUUAUAUUUUCAAAUGCUUUACACUUUAAAGCAGUUUGGAGUGACCCGUUUGAUACAUCGGAGACACUAGAAGAGGACUACUUCCACCUUCUCGACGGCACUUCUGUUGAGGCGCGCUUCAUGAGAAGCUACGAUUACCAGUUUGUAAAAGCCUUUGACGGCUUCAAAGUCUCGAAGCUUCCUUACGAACAAGGCGAAGACAAUGAGAGACAAUUUUGUAUGUACUUGUUACUUCCUGAUGCGAAAGAUGGGCUCCCAGCUUUUGUUGAGAGAGUUUGUUCCGAGCCUGAUUUCUUAGAUCGUCAUCGCCCUGAAACACGAGUCGCGGUUGGUUCCUUCGAAAUCCCAAGGUUUAAGAUUAGCUCCGGCUUUGAAGCUUCUAAAGUUCUCAAGGAUGUAGGAUUGGUGUUGCCCUUCAAUGGUGAAGGUGAUUUGACAGGGAUGGUGGAGUCACGUCUAGGUAAGGCCAAAAUAAUUCACAAAUCCUUCAUUGAAGUUGAUGAAAAAGGCACAGAAGCUGCAGCUGUUACUGUUUGCGUUGACGAUGAAGCGGAUGGUGAUGAUGAACCAUUUAUACAGAAAACGAUAGACUUUGUGGCUGAUCACCCAUUUAUGUUUAUAAUCAGUGAGGAAGUGAUUGGAGCGGUUCUGUUCAUUGGUCAUGUUCUCAAUCCGUUAAAAGAAUGAGCUUUAGGACGUGACAAGGCAAGUAAGAUUUACUCUUUAUUUUUGUUUUUUUAACUAUUGCAUUGUGGAUGACUGCCUGCGGGAAUGGUUUUUAAUUUCUUGUUUUUCUUUGCAAUGUAACAGUUGAGGUUCAGUGAUCGUUUUGUUUUUCGCAGUUGAAUCCUCCUCUAAUUUCUGCAAUGUUUGUUCUUUUUGGUGUUGAGGUUCACUGGUUGUUGAUUUCCAAUUUAAAAUAAAAUAAAAAAGUAUUCGUUUUGAUAUC